GGCGUGGGAGCUGCGGAUCAGCCAGAGGGAUCCAACUCCUGGGCUUUGACAGCCAUGAGCAGCACCACCUUCCUCAUCCUCUCCAUCAUGGGCAUCUGCGGUGUCAUUUUCAACGCAGCAGCAUGGUCUGUGAACAACUUUCUGAUGACAGGACCUAAGGCGUACCUGACAUACUCCAGCAGCGUGGCGGCGGGCGCGCAGAGCGGGAUGGAGGAGUGCAAGUUCCAGUUCGGGUGGGAGCGCUGGAACUGCCCCGAGAGCGCGCUGCAGCUCUCAACGCACAACCGCCUGCGCAGCGCUACCAGAGAGACGUCCUUCGUGCACGCCAUCAGCUCCGCCGGCGUCAUGUACACCCUGACCAGGAACUGCAGCAUGGGCGACUUCGAGAGCUGCGGCUGCGACGACUCCAGGAACGGGCGCGUCGGUGGCCGCGGCUGGGUCUGGGGAGGCUGCAGCGACAACGUGGAGUUCGGGGAGAGGAUUUCCAAGCUCUUUGUGGAUGCUUUGGAAACAGGACAUGACACCCGCGCCCUGAUCAACCUGCACAACAAUGAAGUUGGGAGACUUGCUGUGAAAGCUACGAUGAAGCGAGCCUGCAAGUGCCACGGGGUGUCGGGCAGCUGCAGCAUCCAGACGUGCUGGCUCCAGCUCGCUGAGUUCCGAGAGAUUGGGAACUACCUCAAGAUGAAAUACGACCAAGCCCACAAGCUGGAGAUGGACAAGAGGAGGAUGAGAGCUGGCAACAGCGCCGACAGCCGCGGGGCCACGGCGGAGACCUUCCACCACGUCCACGCCACAGAGCUCGUCUUCUUGGAGGACUCCCCUGACUACUGCACGAGGAACGCCAGCCUGGGCCACCACGGCACUGAGGGCCGCGAGUGCCUGCAGACCGGCAAGAACCUCUCGCAGUGGGAGAAGAGGAGCUGCCGGCGGCUCUGCACCGAGUGUGGCCUCAAAGUGGAGGAGAGGAGGACAGAGGUGGUCAGCAGCUGCAACUGCAAGUUCCACUGGUGCUGCACGGUGCGCUGCGAGCAGUGCCGGCAGCUGGUGGCCAAGCACUACUGUGCCCGCCGCGAUGCUGCCGCCACCAACCACAUCAAGCGGAAAAACAAGGGCCACAAGAGAUAGAGGAAGGCCCGACAAUGCCGUGCCCGGGCUCACGAGGUGGACCUUUGGGUUUCUUCACCUUUUGUGGCCAUCACCGUAGCUCAGGUUGGGAAGGAGCCUUCCCCAGGGCACUGCAGGGAUCUAAAGGGGGUUUGGAGGUCCGAACGGACAGUGAGACUGGGCCUUCUCUGAAUUAAUGCUGUGAGAUCACGAAGCACAAGGCGCGGGCGCUGAGGGACCACGGUCCUUCUGGUUUCAUGGUUUCUCCUCAGUAUUUACUAAGAGCUUCUUUCUUUUCGGGAGUCACUUUGCGUAUCUGAUGGAGGGAAGACUUUCACUUUUUCGGUGGCUUCAGCUCAUUGCACUGCUGGCAGUGGUCAGCCCAGACCAGCAGCAGUAAACAAGGGUGGGACGGGCACUGCAGCCUGAACUGGUCCCACUGGGCAGCUCUGUCACUGCCACAGGCAUUGCAGCCCAGGGCCCCCAUGGUGUUCCUUCACAGGUCAUGCUUAUAAAUACUCCUGGUGGAAAACUUAUGCACUUUCUGGUGUGAGAGGGAUUUUUGCAGUAUUGUGAUUUCUAUUAGAACAGCUGCAACUUUUUGAGGACUUAAAUAGGUUUACAGACAGUGUUUACAGUGGUUUUUUUUUGUCGUUGUUGUUGUUUUUUUUAAACUUUUCUGAUUUGGUACCAGAACCCCUGCCCUAAAUGGACAGUAGCUUCAUGUAUUUGUACCAGAUGAAAUUAAGCAGUUUAAAAUUCCUUUAUUAUUUUUUUUAUAUAAUAGCAGAUAAGAAUUCAGAAUUCUUUAUGCCUAAUACUGUUUCUUAAUUAAGUUGUAUUAUUGCUUAGCACAAUCUGUUUUCUCCAUAUAUUUUGAAGGCAUCCCCAAAGAGUUAGAUUUUGGACUGUAUUUUGCAAUAAACACCGUCAUGAAAACAA